AUGACCAUGGCUACCAUCGAAGGAACCCGCAUGCGCCAACUGUCGGUGGGUCUCACCGAGAUGAAAUCCGAACAGGGCAACGACGGGGAGGGCAGGGAAUCAGGGGCAGCAUAUAAAAGGGGCCUCAGGGAAAUAAUAACGAGGGUUUACGUGGGAGACUACGAGGAUUCCAAGAACAUCUUGCUCCUUGGAAGCAUCGGCAUCACGCACAUCAUCGUCAUAAGAUGUAACGAAGAAUAUCAAAUGGCUAGAAUAAUUCACCCACAUAAGUUCGAGUACUACAUCAUCGACCUGGAGAGCAAUUACAAUUUCAACCACUGCACUCAUUUGAAAUUUCUCCUAGACGAUAUCCUCUUUGAGAAUAACGAAAACAGGAUCUUUAUCCACAGCUACAUCUCCCUUCAGAAGAUUCUCUCCCUGUUGGUAUUCUACAUCGCUACGACGAUGAACCUCGAUGUGGAGGAAGUUCUGGCCUACGUGAAGAAGAUCGUCCCGAACUUUUCCAUGGACACAGAAGAGAGCGACAAUAUGUACUACUUUACCAAGAGGCACAUGUUGACCUACUACCCAGGGGAAUGUACAAGUUACCUCGACGUGCAGGACAAAAAGGGGAGCCUCCAUGUUGCUCCUAAAGAAUGA